GCAGCCGGAGCCAGUGCACACAGGACACCUGACCGGACUACUGACCGGACAACUGACCGCAUCCAGGGCUGAGGGUCGGAGGACUGCGACACACCCGCUUCCUACGAGUCCAUCGAACAGCAGUCAGAAUGUUUGGAGGCGUGUCCGGGCGGAUCCACAAGGACCGGCAGAGGGCUGCGGGUCUGGGCUCAGUCCAGCAGGCUGUGCGCUACCUGAACCAGGACUACCAGGCCUUGAAGGAGGACUGCCUACAGAAUGGAUUCCUGUUUGAGGACCCAAUGUUCCCUGCAGAACCGGCCUCUCUGGGCUUCAAGGAACUAGGACCCUUCAGUGCCAAGACCAGAGGGGUUGAGUGGAAGAGACCAAUAGAGCUGACAGAAGACCCUCAGUUCAUUGUGGGUGGAGCCACCAGGACGGACAUCUGUCAGGGGGUUCUGGGUGACUGUUGGCUCCUGGCUGCUAUCGGCUCUCUGACUCUGAACGAACGGCUGCUGCAUCGUGUCGUUCCUCACGGUCAGAGCUUCGGCUACCAAUACGUCGGCAUCUUCCACUUCCAGUUCUGGCAGUUCGGGGAGUGGGUGGACGUGGUGAUCGACGACCGUCUGCCGGUCAAAGACGGAGAACUGAUGUUUGUCCACUCGGCUGAAGGCAGCGAGUUCUGGAGCGCCCUUCUGGAGAAGGCCUACGCCAAGCUGAAUGGCUCGUACGAGGCGUUGUCCGGCGGCAGCACCACUGAAGGUUUUGAGGAUUUUACGGGCGGAGUGGCGGAGAUGUACGAGCUGAAGAAAGCUCCCAGAGAUCUUCAUCGUAUCAUCAGCAAAGCUCUGGAGAGAGGAUCACUGCUGGGCUGCUCCAUAGAUAUCACCAGCGCCUUCGACAUGGAGGCAGUGACCUUCAAGAAGCUGGUUAAAGGUCACGCCUACUCUGUGACCGGCCUCAGACAGGUGGAGUACCGCGGUCGUCGGGAGCGUCUGAUUCGGAUCAGAAACCCCUGGGGUCAGGUGGAGUGGACCGGGGCGUGGAGUGACAGCUCCUCAGAGUGGAACUCCCUCGACUCUGCAGAGAAAGACGAGAUGCUCUGUAAGAUGGAGGACGGAGAGUUCUGGAUGUCUUUCCAGGACUUUCUGCGUCAGUUCUCCAGGUUGGAGAUCUGUAAUCUGACCCCGGACGCUCUCAGUGAGGACUCCAUCAGUUUCUGGACCAGCAUGACAUUUGAAGGCACCUGGAGGAGAGGCAGCACCGCCGGGGGCUGCAGGAACCACCCCAACACGUUCUGGAUCAACCCUCAGUAUAAAAUCUCCCUCCUGGAGGAAGACGACGACCCUGAGGAUGACGAAGCCGCCUGCAGCUUCCUCGUGGCCCUGAUGCAGAAAGACCGCCGCCGCUUCCGCCGCCAGGGACAGGACAUGCACACCAUUGGCUUUGCCAUCUACAAGAUUCCUGAGGAGUACCAAGGCUGUCCCAGCGUCCACAUGAAGAAGGACUUCUUCCUGCGUCACUCCUCCUGCGCUCGCUCCGAGACCUUCAUCAAUCUACGAGAGGUGAGCAGCAGGCUCCGCCUCCCGCCGGGCGACUACCUGAUCGUCCCAUCGACCUUUGAACCCUCGAAGGAGGCUGACUUUGUCCUGAGGGUGUUCACCGAGAAACAGUCGGCAGUCGAGGAGAUGGACGACGACGUGGCGGUGAACUUCGAUGAAGAGGAGGAAAUCUCAGAGAGCGACAUCGAUGACUCCUUCAGGUCCAUGUUCGCUCAGCUGUCUGGAGAAGACAUGGAAGUCUCAGUACGAGAGCUGAGGACCAUCCUGAACCGAGUCGUGUCCAAACACAGAGACCUGCAGACCGAUGGUUUCAGUAUGGAGUCCUGCAGAGCCAUGGUCAGCCUUAUGGACAAAGACGGCAGCGCUCGGCUCGGUCUGCUGGAGUUUCAGAUUCUGUGGAACAAGAUCAGGAAGUGGCUGGGAAUCUUCAGAGAGUUCGAUCUGGAUAAAUCUGGAUGUAUGAGCUCCUACGAGAUGCGUCUGGCCCUGGAAAAUGGCGGGUUCAGACUGAACAACAAGCUGUAUCAGAUGCUGGUCGCUCGAUACGCCGACAACGAGAUCAUCGACUUCGACAACUUCACCUGCUGCCUGGUCAAACUGGAGGCCAUGUUCAAGGCCUUCCAGGAGCUGAGCAAAGACGGGACAGGAACUGUGGAGAUGAACCUCAUUGAGUUUCUCUACAUGACCAUGUGUGGAUGAAAAAACUUCCUGCUGCUUCAAAGUGCCUCCAACAGGAAGAACCACACGACAGCUAACAACCAACCUGAGCGCAAACAUGUCCCACUGCAGCUGUACCACGCUGCUGCACUACUGCAGCACUACUACUGCAGCGCUGCUCUGCAGUCACGACACCAUCAGUCUUCCAGCUUCAGGUCCUGGGUUUGGAGGAUCACUGCUGCCUGAACAGAAACACAUGAUGAAAUGAGGAUAUUUAAAAUAAAUGUUCUGAUUCGGUCCAAAAAGCAGAAGGAAGCAGGUCCUAAAACUGUUCUGACAUACCCGAGUCAGAAUGAAUCCGAAGUUAAAUCAUCACUCUCAGCUCGUCUGUUAUUAAUCAUCGUCUUCUAGUCCAGUCGCACUUGAUUCAACCCACCUUGGAUCAGUAUGCCGAGCUUUUAUUGUGAAAAGAGAACAGUGUGAAUCACUGAGCUCUGACAGACAUGUACAACAUGUUUCACUGUUUUCAAAGAGGAUUUAAAAACUAUUUAAAACUCUGUGUUUACGUCCUGAAGUCUUCUUCAUGUUCCGUUUAGUCUCCGUCCGACACCUCAGACCCCCCCCCCCCCCCUCCUCCUCAGGGCUCCUUAAAUCCAGCUGUGUUCCUGAUGUUCUGUUUGUGGCAGCAGUGAUCCUCCAUAGCCUGAGCUCAGAGGAGACCUGAGCAGACACGGUGUGGUACACUGCAGUGGAAUCAAUACAGUACUACAGUAACACAUAAUGACAGUACUGCAUCACUACUCCAGUACUCCUGUAUCACAGUACUGAAGCCUAAUCACUGUAAACUCUCCUGCUGCUGCAUUUAUUCACCCUGUCAGAUAGAGGGCGCUGCAACUCUGCAUGUAUUUAUUUAUGAAUGAGACUGAGCUGAUGUUGUUACACCUCUGUCACACCUCCUCCCUACUGUCUGCUUUCCUCACAGGACAUGAAGGCCUCAUCAGGUGGAGGAGGCAGGUGAAGGAGGCGUUCAGGUUCAGCUCAGACAAACUCUGAUGUAGCAGAUCCUAAUGCAAACAUCAGCUUUGUGUUUCACUUAUUAAAGAACAGAAGGG